AUGUCGCAGUCUGAUGUCCCCGUCGAUACCCUCCCAAUAUGGUCUCGUUUCAAUGGGGUCGUGUUUGACGGAGUUGGCAUUGGGCAGACUGAAGGGAAAGGGUACGGCCUUGUGGCCCAGAGGGAUCUACAAGCUGAAGAUGGCGAAAAAGCCACAGCCUUACUAUCAGUACCGCAUGAGCUUCUUUUGAAUUCUGAAUCUGUGGAGCAGUAUGCUAGAGCGGACCAGCGGUUCAAGGAUCUCUUUGAUGUUGCAGGCCACCAGUCGCCCAGGCAAGAUGUAAUUCUCUUCCUGCUGGCUCAGGUCAUCCACGUCUGGGCCGAUGAUGAAGGCGGCGGGGUGUCCAACCCCUGGACUCAGUACAUAGAGUAUCUUCCUCGGACGGUUCCGCUACCCACUCUGUGGAGCGAAGACGAAAAACAACUGCUCAGGGGCACAUCACUUGAGGCUGCCGUCCAAUCCAAGUUGAGAGCACUGGAAAAUGAAUUCGAUGACCUUCUGGAAAAGGCUGCAGAGAUACCAAGCUGGAAUGAAGUUCUCUGCGAGAAGCAAGUCGUGACGGUUAGCGAUUAUGCACGUCUGGAUGCCUGGUACCGCUCAAGAUGCAUGGAGUUGCCCGGCUCCGGGCCGACGAUGGUGCCAUGCAUUGAUAUGGUCAACCACGCCGCGACCCCCAAUGCUUCGUACGUCAAGAGCAGCGAUGGUGUCAAGCUCUGUCUUUGUUCCGGCGUUUCUGUGAAAAAAGGGCAAGAAAUUACCAUCUCUUAUGGGGAAAAGAAGCCAGUCGCAGAAAUGGUUUUCAGCUAUGGCUUUGUGGACUCGGAAGUCGCGGGUGAUGAAAAUAUACUCGUCCCCGUCGGGCCCCCAGGAGAUGAUCCGCUCGCCAUGGCCAAAGCUCGAAUCUAUGGAGAAGCGCCGACAGUUCGCAUAUCGAGAUCUCAGGAUGGCGGUGUUCAAUGGGACUGCCCGUUUGCCUAUCUCUUGAGUCUAAAUGAGGAAGAUGGCCUCGGUAUCCGUCUCCUGCAGCUGAACGACGGGGGCAGGGAGAUUCGACUUUUCUGGGAGGAGCAAGAUGUUACUGGCUCAGUCAAAUCCCUGCGGGAUAUUACUAAAGAGCAUCCUCAUCACAAGAUCUUCCAGCUCCGAGCUGCGGUAAUUGUACAGGAAACUGUUCAGGCACAGCUCGAGAGGCUAUCAGCAAGGACUGCUGGCCAUGACAUUACAACCGAGAUUCGAUUUGGUUGUAGAUUUGCAGCUAUCAAGCUUCGAGAGGCUGAGGAAAGGCUGCUUCAGGAUGCAGAUGACGUUCUCGAAACAGAGAAGAUGCAGCUCCUGGAAAACGAAACAAUCCUUGCAUAUCUCGGACGAACGGAAGUUGCCCAAAACGAACUGGUGGGCAGUAGUCCAGCCAAUGAGGAGACGGAUUUUAGCUGA